AUGAUAAUUUUGCAAAUUACUUAUAAUUCGCAGUAUUUUACAGAUCACUCUUACAAAUCGUUGAUGAUCCCAGUGGUAGAAAAACCGCCAUACGAAGUAACGGAGACCGGAUGGGGCGAGUUUGAAGUUCAGAUUCGGAUUUUUUUCGUCGACGUCAAUGAAAAACCGGUCACAGCUUUUCACUAUUUACGAUUAUUCCAACCUCAAGUUACGCUUCCCAAUGGUAAAACAAUGGUUGCUGCGGAAUAUUACGAUGAAAUUGUAUUUCAAGAACCAACGAUACCGAUGUAUAAAAUAUUGUCCAGUCAAGAAGGACGCAAGCUUGAGCCAAAACGGUUUCACACUGACUGUAAGCGGUUUUUUUUAAAGUAG